GCACACAGUCACACACUGCACACAGCUGUAUGCGCUAAUCCCAUCGAGACGAAAGCGAAUGCGUUUGCUUUCGCUUCAAAAAUCUUAUGCAGCUGUAUAUCAAUCCCUCCUCGCAGAUCUGCUAAUUUCGAUUCUCUCGGAGAGUUUUUAGGCUCCUUUUUCUUCAUUUCCUCUUUGAUUUGACGAUUGGUUAACCAUGGUUUCCACUAGUAAAAUCAAAUCCGUGGAUUUUUACAGGAAAAUUCCUAGAGACUUGACUGAGGCAUCGUUAUCAGGUGCUGGGUUGUCAAUUCUAGCGGCCUUUUUCAUGAUCUUUUUGUUUGGAAUGGAGCUGAAUGAUUAUUUGAGAGUGAGCACCUCUACAUCAAUUGUCGUUGACAAGAGUUCUGAUGGGGACUUUUUACGGAUUGAUUUCAAUAUAAGCUUUCCAGCAUUGUCUUGUGAAUUUGCAUCUAUUGAUGUCAGCGAUGUCCUGGGAACAAAUAGGUUGAAUAUAACUAAGACUAUCCGCAAGUAUUCAAUAGAUUCAAAAUUAAAUCCUACUGGCUCUGAGUUUCGGUCAGGACCAAUUGCUAAAGCCAUAAAGCACGAUGAGGAAGCUGAUGAAGAAUAUGGAGAAGGUUCUGUUACUCUCAAUGCACGCAAUUUUGAUAGAAUUACGCACCAGCAUGCUAUUUUGGUAGUAAACUUUUAUGCACCAUGGUGCUAUUGGAGCAAUCGCCUGAAACCUUCAUGGGAGAAAGCAGCCAAAAUUAUAAGAGAAAGAUAUGACCCAGAAAUUGAUGGACGUAUUCUUAUGGGCAAGGUUGAUUGCACUGAAGAAGUUGACUUGUGCAGAAGGAAUCAUAUACAAGGAUAUCCAUCCAUCCGCAUCUUCCGCAAAGGAAGUGAUGUAAGGGAGGAUCAUGGUCACCAUGAUCAUGAGUCAUAUUAUGGCGACCGAGAUACUGAUAGCCUAGUGAAGACGAUGGAGGAAUUGGUUGCACCUAUUUCUUUGCAGUCACAAAGUGCUUCAGGUAGUCCCCCCGCAGAUAUGAAAGAUGAUUCAAAAAGACCUGCACCUUUAGCAGGUGGGUGUAGAAUUGAGGGUUUUGUGCGUGUUAAGAAGGUUCCGGGGAAUCUCAUCAUAUCUGCUCGUUCAGCUUCCCAUUCUUUUGAUGCUACUCAGAUGAACAUGUCACAUGUUAUUUCCCAUUUUUCUUUCGGUAAAAAGAUUACUCCACGGGUAAUGAGUGACAUGAAAAGGCUGCUACCACAUCUUGGUGGUAGCCAUGACCGCUUGAAUGGCUUGUCAUACAUCAGUAAUCCCAGUGAUUCCAAUGCAAAUGUCACUAUUGAGCAUUAUCUUCAAGUUGUGAAAACUGAGGUGAUGACAAGAUCUUAUAAACUAGUUGAGGAGUAUGAGUACACUGCCCACAGUAGUUUGAUUCACAGUCUUGAUAUCCCUGUUGCGAAAUUCCAUUUUGAGCUGUCACCAAUGCAGGUCUUAAUAACUGAAAACUCGAAGUCCUUUUCGCACUUCAUUACAAAUGUCUGUGCUAUUAUUGGAGGCGUUUUCACGGUUGCUGGGAUCUUGGAUUCAAUUCUGCACAACACUAUUAGGCUGGUGAAAAAGGUUGAACUAGGGAAGAACUUUUGAUUGAUAGUGAAAUUAGUGAACAUGUAAAGAAGAAUCAACUCUGUAUACGCACGCCCUUUAGUCGGGAUGCUCAGAUAAAUUAAAUUGAUUACAGUGUAGCUUGUUUCAAAAUUUUGAUGACGACCGAACCUUGUAAGUUUCGAUGUACUUGUGGAAAUGCCUUGAAAGACCUUUCUUUCCUUUGUGCGUUCUA